AGGCUGAAGGCGUUGUUCCUGAACGUCAGCAGGGAUGUUACCCAUGAUGUCCUCAUUGCCUUUUCCCCCACAGAGGGCCCCAGUGAGCUGAACAAGACAGAGAAGGGGGUGGGAGGCAAAAUCCAGCUCCCCAGGGAGAUAUUCCGGUCCCUGAGCAGCCGGACAGCGCGUGUGGUGGUGACAGUCCUCAACAUCCAGCAGCUCGGCAUGUUCAAGGAGGUCAACCAGACGGGGCAGGUCCUGAACGACACCGUGGUGGGCAUCACAGUGGGAGAGACCAGCAUCUCUGGCCUGUGGGACCCCGUGCAGCUCACCUUUGCCCACGAGCAGCUGCCCCACGGCACCACCCCGCAAUGCGUCUUCUGGGAUCCCAGCAAAGGGCAGGCAGGAGUCUGGAGCAGCAGCGGAUGUGUCACGCAGCCCGGGGACGAGAGGACAGUCUGCUCCUGCGACCAUCUCACCUUCUUCACGCUCCUCCUGAACCCAGCUCUGGAUGGGUCCACAGCACGAGGCUUGACGGCUGUUGCUACUGUUGGCUGUGGAGUAGCCAUGGCUUUCUCCAUCUUCACCAUUGUCUUUUGCGUCUUCCUAAGGUGCAGGUUCAGGUUCGAGGACAUCCUCCGCGUCAAUCUGGGGCUACAUGUAAACCUCAUGGGCAGCCUGUUCCUCCUCAACUUGGCCUUCCUGCUUAACAGCGGGCUUUCCAGCUGGAUCCAGCUGGGGACCUGCAAGGUCCUGGGGGGGCUCACUCACUACUGCCUGCUCUGCUGCUUCACCUGGACGGCGCUGGAGGGCUGCCACUUCUACCUCCUCUUUGUUAAGGUCCUUGGCACCUACAUCCACCACUACGUGGUGAAGAUGUGUCUCGUCGGCUGGGGCUUCCCUGCUCUCGUGGUUGGGGUGGCAGGAGCCCUCGGCAGCUAUGGAGAAUACACCAUCCAGACCACGGACCACCAGGUCAUAGCCACCCUGUGCUGGAUCACUUCCAAACAUCUCCUGGUCCACUACAUCACCAACUGUGGCUACUUUGGUCUCAUCUUCCUCUUCAACAUGGCUGUUUUUGGGGUGGUGACCCAGAAAAGCUGCUGCCUGCAGGGCACGGGGGCGAUACAGGGAGACCGCAAGGCCUGGAAGGUGGCCAUGGUGUUGGUGGGGCUCUUCUGCCUGCUGGGAGCCACCUGGGCUCUGGAGUUCCUUAACCACGGCACCUUGUCUGUGCCCAUGCUCUACCUCUUCACCAUCCUCAACUCUCUCCAAGGAAUCUUCAUAUUCGUCUGGUUGGUUGUCCUCUACUACCCAAAGAUGAAGGAGACCACUGGCUCUGUCUCCCACAUCACCACACAUGACAAAACCACCACAGUCUCCUAG